AUGAUUACAUUCUGACUUCACUAUAUACACUGUAUGAUGAAAUACGAUGCAUUUACUUGAAGCUGCAAGUAUUUUUAGAACAACACGCCGAUAGCGCGUUCUGAUGGAAAAUCUCCGGUUUUCCGAUUCACAAAAAAUGCGACCUGUGAAGGUCAGUAUAUCGUAUGAAAUGUGAACAGCUGAUGUAAUCGAUAUAGGACAUUUCAGUGUCUUAAUUCAGCGUUAAAUCAAGGACCUGUUCCGUAUUUGUGAGCUUGUUUAUAUUUUUGGCUUUUUGCGACAGUUGGACAGUUACUAAAUGAACAAUGGCAAUCGACAAGAGCCUCAUUAUCUCCAACUCCGAGAUCGCGGAUGUUGCAGAAAAGCCCCAAGUUUCACAUCCGGGCAGCGAUAAACCAGUGGAGACAACUACAAGUACAAUUGACUCGAACUCUUCAACCAAGGAGGUUGAUGAAGACAAAACGGCAGGAUUACCCAUAGACCGGGGUUGGGCCUGGGUGGUGCUAUUAGCCGCGGGCUUCUACCUGAUGCUGUUCGGUGGUAUCCGGAAAAACUUCGGGAUCUUCUUCGUGGAGAUCCAGUCUCGUUUCCAGUCCAGUGCCUCUAUUACCUCCUUCCUCAACACUAGCCAAAAUCUCGUCAUGAGCAUCUCGUCCCCGAUCGUCAUGCUCAUCGGGCUCCAGUUCAUCUCUAACCGCGCCAGUAUCAUGGCGGGUAGCCUGGUUCUCACCACUGCUUUUAUCAUCACCUCCCAGGCUACAGACAUCAAAGUUCUCUUCCUCUCCAUAGGAUGUCUUGAAGGCAUCGGUACAGCCUUGGUUCAUCCACCCGUGAUAGCCAUCAUCGGUGAAUAUUUUCAUAAAAGGCGUGGUUUUGCCAUGGCUGUCGCCAUGAGUGGUGCCAGUUUUGGCGGGCUUAUUUUCGCGCCAAUUAUGUCGGCAUUGUUUGAACAGUUAGGAUAUACGGGCACGCUUAUGAUCGUUGCCGGGAUGACCUUGAACUUCUGUGUUGCGGGAUCUCUGAUGAGACCUAUUAAAUCCUUUGAACGAACUUCUAAUGGUGAUGGAAGUGAAAUUGAAAUGGAAACGUUGAUCUCAAAAAGUAAUGGUGUAAAGCCACACAUGAACUCUACUGAUGAAAUAAUAGCACAGCUGGUCAUAGAACAAGAAAACAAUCAUAUUAGGAUGUUACCAGCUAAAGCUGUGUUACAGUUAAAACAAUCCGAAAACCCGCACACGAAACUUGUCCGUAGUGAAUCGCUUGAACCAGUGAAAGACCGAAACAAAAUGAAGCCGGCGGAAUCACCUUUAUUACCAAGAGCAAGAGCGUGGUCCACCGGUACAAGACGCCAGAGGACUGUAUCUGUACAGUCAGAGGUUUCAGCCGCCCCUAGUCACAAAGCAUUGUCUCCAUUGAAUAGUUUAGUAGAAACACUAUCACAUUCACGAAUAGCAAUAUACUCCAGCAUGGCCGAAGGUUUAUACGGAUCUGUACUUGAUAUUCAGGAAAUUGGUGUAGACAAACGGACAGCGAACGGGCACGCGUAUGUAGUGCCUAAACAGUCUAUCUGUGAUAAACUCAGGUCGUCGUUUGACUUCGGUAUAUUUCGGAGUACGGUAUUUCCGCUGUUCCUCUGUAUGGCGGCGCUUCUGUCCUCUAUCAGCAUUCUGAUGCCCUCCUUUCUGCCACCACACGCUAAGGACCUUGGGCUGCUUCCGGAACAGAGGGGCCUACUGCUUUCCGUUGUCGGCGGCGUCGGCAUGGCUUCUAGGCUUUUAUUAGCCCUCUUGGCCGACAGAGACGUUAUCAGACUGACGACGCUCCUCGCUGUCUUGGCCACCCUGGUAGGCGUCACCAUGCACCUCUUGCGGUUCUUCCAGGGAUUUCACGCGCUAAUCGCGGUCGCCGCCAUUGUUGGAAUGAGUUGUGAGAUGUACCAGGCCGCCUUCCCCGUGAUUCUCGUGCAGUAUAUGACCUUGUCCAAACUCAAAAGCUGCAUCGGGUUUUCCACGCUCUGUCACGGGUUUGCUAUCGCCGGGACAUUUCCAUUAGUUGGCUUAUUGCGCGACUCCACCGGAAGUUACUACGCGUCGUAUCACCUGCUGGGUACCAUGGCAAUGGUUGGUGCCCUGCUUGCUCUGUGUAUCCCUCAUCUACAUGACAGACUCCAGCGGGGAACCAAUAAUGAAGAAUCGAACGAAAUGGCCAUUGUGGUUGAAUAGUCAUCAUAUCAUUUUAGAUAUGGUGCUUUAUUUAGACCUCCGUGAUGUUUAUCGUUGGUUAACCCCGAUUUACUACUUCGCUAUGCUUCGUUGUGUACCGCGGGAGAUUUGACAAGGACAAUCUCGUAUUCAUGAAUAAUUAAUGAGGCAAUUUCAUUUGUUCCGCAUUAAAUCAAUGCGGAAAUAUGCUUAGAUACUGAAAAAAUAUUCUUGCGAUAGCUCCGCCAGAUCACUACAAAUUUGAAAAGAGCUGCGUAGACCACUCGCCCGUGGAUACAGCUGACAUUACAAGGGAGAGUACUCCAUUGUAACACGCGAUUUCAUUGAAAGAAGAUUUGUCUCCCCUGCCUCAUGCAUAUUCAUUUAAACGAGAUUCUGACAGUCAAUUUACCCAUGGUUUAUUAUUUAGUGUAACGGAAAAAAGUACCGUGGUUGCCGACGAUGUGUGAUGUUGUGCAUUUAAAUGGUUUGAUGUAAUUAAUUUCGAAAAACUACCAUGAUAGCUUACAUGAUGACAGUACUUAUUUAUAAAUCGCCUACGCUUUCAUCUCCCCUGACAAGCAGAAUAGAUAACUGGAUUUCAGCUUUAUCAACUUUUUUUUAGUUUUUUUUUAUCAAUUCUCAAUUAUUUAAGGUUCAUUGAAGUUAAAAUACAAAAAUAAAUAAAUAAAAUUACAGAUAAUUUACAAUCUUGACCGAUAUGCUAUUUUAACAUAUCUGGGGUCACGUGAUUUGCGUAGUGGCAGAGAAUUUUUUAGUGUAAGGGAAGUAACACUGUUUGGAUCGAUUGCGUUACAGUCUGAAAUAAGAUGAACGGACUUUCAAACUUAUAUUUUGACGUUAUAUAUUUUUCUUAAGUAUUUACACUGACCUGAUCUCAGAAGAAGACAAUAUGACAAAAUUGUGUAUCAUUAAAAUGCGGUAUGAUAAUACUUGUAUAACUGUUGUGUUUGUAUUUGUUUAUUAUAUUUAUGUUAUAACUUUAUUGUAAAUAUAAACAUG